CAUUUUUCUCUCUGACUCUGCUCUAUAUUAUUCCAAAUUUCAAUCUCAACAUUUACAUUAAAGUGAAAUUUUACAAGGAAAAGCAAAAUGGGGUUGGAGACACUAGAAAAGACAAAACCAAAACAUAGGAAAGGUUUAUGGUCACCUGAAGAAGAUCAUAAACUCAGAAACUAUAUCCUUAAACAUGGUCAUGGCUGUUGGAGUUCUGUUCCUAUUAAGUCAGGCUUGCAAAGGAAUGGAAAAAGCUGCAGAUUAAGGUGGAUUAACUAUCUAAGGCCAGGAUUAAAGAGAGGAAAGUUCAGCAAACAAGAGGAGGAGACAAUCCUGACCCUUCAUCACAUGUUAGGCAACAAGUGGUCACAAAUAGCACAACAUUUACCAGGAAGAACAGACAAUGAGAUAAAAAACUAUUGGCAUUCAUAUUUGAAAAAAAGAGUGGCCAAAGCUAAUGAAAUGGAAUCUCAAAAACAAUUUCAAUAUGCUACCUCAAGUUCAGACACAAUCAACUCCUCACACUCUCUUCAAAAACUUGCAACCCAAGAUCCACACACUUACAACAACAUCAUCACCAAAGAGACUCAACAAAGCUCAUUACCAAAGCUUUUAUUCGCCGAAUGGCUUUCACUUGAUCAUGUAAACGGUACGAACUCUUCAAAUUCAGUUGAGUCUUUGGUCAUGAGAAAUGGAUUUGAUCAAAAUAAUUCAGGUUUUCAAGAAGCUGCAAUGCAUCAUGAUGUGUCGGAGUAUCAUAAUAGUGUGAUGUUCAAUUCACAAGUUAAGUUUGCUAACCAAAUGAUGGGAAAUGGGUUUGUUCAUUGCAUGCCUGAGGUUGAUUUGAGUAACAAUUUCAAUUUAAGCAAUGAUGCAAUGUAUGUUUGAGGGGUUUGAGUUAUGGAUAAUGAAAAGGAUAAAAAGUUUAGAAGUUUAAAAUUAUGCUUCCUUGGUGAUUUGUAUUUACUAUACUUCUCAUAACAAAUUCAAUGAUUUCUAGAGUUGUUUAUGCAUACACACAUGUUAUAUGGCUUUUAGGUUAAGAAGUUAACAAUCAUGUGGUCUUGAUAUGUUUUUGUUGUAAAUCAUAAAGAUUUGUGUGGAAAUGAUUUACAACUUCAUUUCUCUUUUUAUUUAUUUAAAUGUACAUUUAGCAUUGACCUCCGAGCAAUUUGAUUCUCAUAA